GGAGAGCUCCGUCUCAAUAUAGGUUCUCCUCCACAAUGGAGUAAAGCUUUGACCGCGGUUCUUUAGCAGUUUUCAUGAAGAGGACUUCCGUUGGAUCAAACACGGCCAGUUUAUGAAUGGUCCGGGCAUAGGUUUGGCUGUCACAUAUUUGGCAAAAGACGGCCUCUGCAGUGGAGACGUUCACAAAUGCCAGGCCAACACUCGGGGAUAUUCCACGGGAUUCACUAAUGGCACAGAUAAUCUCCUGAGACGCAACACUGGUUCCUGCUGUUGUUGGUCUCACUGUCCGGGGGUAUCCAGAGCUUGAUUGGGCUGUUGUAGGCCGUCGAGUGGUGGCAUUGCUGUAACUGGGGAAAUAUGAAGGAUUGGUAGAGAACCGUGCUGAGGGCAUCUUCAACAAAUUAACACCCAGAGAGGGUUUAAUGGCUGAACGCAGUUUACAAGCUCAUAACAUAAAAAGCUCAAGCCUCGCCAGUAGCCAUUGCGAUUCUAUCGCAAUUUGUACUACUAUGCGUAUACACGAUGAAAUCAUCUUAUGUUGUAAAGCAGAGGAGUUGUCGGAGUUGAUAUAAGGGGGAAAGUUAUACGCUAUGCCGCUUUCAUAUUAGUUCACUUGGUUAUCAGUGCUUACUCAUCUAUCAAAAUUAUCUCAAAAGGCCCAGCUCUCAAAAUAAUUUCUUCGGGGUGUUCAAGUUCCACAGCGAGGAUAUCAGCAAUACCUAACAUCCUGUACUAUGGCGACAGUACUCCCUCCUCCUAGCAAGCGGCAAAAGCGGGAAAUUGCGGAAAAAGCACAGCAACAGCAGGAAAUCCAAACAAUCCCGACAGACCUAGGCAGUAUACGAGUGCAAUUUUUCGACCAGACUACAGGGAAAGCUACCGGCCCUCCAGUGUCUAUUCCUAUUGCAGAUGGAUCGGUUAAAAACCUUGAAACACUCGUAAACGCGCUACAAGGCAAUGAUGACAAUGAAAAAGUCCCUUACCGAUUUGCAUAUAAGCCAGAAGACGAAAAUGGAGAAGCCGUCGACAUACUCUCAGAUCUGUAUCAUUCACUCCUCAAACCGGGGCUGAAAACAUCUGAAGAUACCGUUCACCUCUACUAUACCCCGCAGGCUGUUUUCCGAGUAAAAGCCGUAUCGAGGUGUUCCGCGGCGAUAUCAGGGCACGGAGAGGCAAUCCUAGCGACUGCAUUCUCCCCAGCUUCGUCAUCACUCAUGGUCACUGGAAGCGGAGACUCAACAGCUCGGAUAUGGGAUUGCGAUACAGGAACUCCAUUGCACACCUUGAAGGGCCACAAGAGCUGGGUUCUUGCCGUGAGUUGGUCGCCGAACGAGCAGAUGAUAGCGACGGGGAGCAUGGAUAACACCGUUCGACUAUGGAAUCCAAAAACAGGCGAAGCUCUUGGUGGACCGCUGAAGGGGCAUACGAAAUGGAUCAUGAGUCUGGCGUGGGAGCCGUACCAUUUGCAAAAGCCAGGGCUUCCAAGAUUAGCAUCCGCGUCGAAAGACAGCACCGUGAGGAUAUGGGACGUGGUGUCAAAGCGUAUUGACACAGUACUCACAGGGCACAAGGGGUCCGUUACUUGUGUCCGAUGGGGCGGGACGGGGCGCGUAUACACCUCGUCCCACGACAAAACUAUCAAAAUCUGGAAUCCGGUAGAUGGCAGCUUGCUCCAAACUCUCUCCUCGCAUUCCCAUCGCGUGAACCAUCUAGCAUUAUCGACCGACUUUGUCCUCCGAACUUCCUUUUUCGAGCACAACGAAAAUGUCCCCGAGACGGAAGAGGGUAAAGUUGAAACCGCAAAGCGCCGGUUCGAAAAAGCAGCAACAAUCAAUAAUAAAAUCAUUGAACGACUCGUCUCUGCCAGUGAUGAUUUUACAAUGUUCCUGUGGGACCCUGCCUCGUCGAAUAAGCCCGUUGCGCGCCUGUUGGGACACCAGAAAGAAGUAAACCAUGUCACAUUUUCUCCAGAUGGAGCUUAUAUUGCCUCUGCAAGCUUCGAUAACCAUGUUAAGCUAUGGAAUGCUCGAGAUGGAAAAUUCAUAUCCUCACUUCGCGGACACGUAGGAGCUGUAUAUCAGUGCUGCUUCUCAGCUGAUUCGCGCCUCCUUGUUUCGUCUUCCAAAGAUACUACGCUGAAGGUCUGGGAUGUGCGGACCGGGAAGCUGUUCAUGGAUCUACCAGGUCAUUUAGAUGAAGUUUAUGCUGUUGAUUGGAGCCCUGAUGGAGAGAAGGUGGGCAGUGGUGGGAGGGAUAAGGCUGUUCGUAUCUGGAGGCAUUGAAUUAUAUAUCUCCUGGUACAUAUGUCGAGGUUUAUAGACCCUUGUUAGGGUCAUUGAAGGGCGAAGCAGUUGGUGUUGCGCAUUUGAAUUUUGAUGGAGGAAUUAAAAAAAAAGGGAUACCUGGGGUACAUACAUAGAAAUGAAUGUGAGUCGAGGGCUUCAACUCGACGAUAUAAUGCAUAUUUUGACAGGAACAGAGCGGAGCUGCCAGAGCAAAUUAACCCAAUGCAAAUAACCAGCAUCCCUCUAGCCCACCCCAAAGGCCGCAACAAGGGCCGCAAGUAACAUCACCCCCAACGCCCACACCUCAUACACUUGAGACUCCGUUUUCCCAGCAACACCACUCACCUUAGCCUGAACAUUCUCCUCAAAAAACUUUCCCCCUAUAAUAUUCCCCACCGGAAAAUACUGGCACACAACAUACCAACCAUACGCAUCAUCAUCCUUCCCACGAUCCGCAUAAUCCCCACAAUAGAACCUCGCACACCCAACCGUCCUGGUUCCCUUCCAGACAAGCUGCGAAAAAUGGCCCGUCUCAUGCGUGAAGCUGUGUCUAUUGAAGUUGAAAAGAGCUCGUUCAUCACCCCACGCCUGGACGGGGGUGGUGACGUUUGCAUAGCCCAUGGCGAGGUUUUCACCACUGGUCUGCGUGUCGGGGUUUGUUAGUGAGGUUCACAAUACUUGUAGCUGUAUAUUUAUGCAGAGUAUAUUUGGAUAUAUACAUAAAUGCCAAAAUUUAAUAUAUGGCAAGGGCUGUGUAUCUUAUUAUAUUUAUCUCAAAAAUAUAUACAUACAGAAUGGGCCCAGCGGCAUUGACGUGCCCAACGCCGCGAGCUAGAUUCGAGAGUCAAGUUCCAUGUGAGAGCUGUGGCGUUAUGAUCCCAUCUGUAUUUAUUUGUGACGGCGAGGAUAGUGUUUUGGAAUACUCUGUCGGGAGCAUAUGAGGGCGGGAUGGUGGGUGAUGUUUUGGGUGGUGUGGGUAAUAGGCCUGGGCCAGGGACAGUUACCGUAACCGUUAAUAUGACCAGGCCAGGGAUUGCAUAGGUAUAUGAAAAAGAUAGGAGAAAGAGGACGAUGCUGGCGACGUGGGAUGGCUUUGGCAUAUUGGGGGGAGGAAGGGGUCGAGGAGGAUAUUAUUAGAGUGAUGGAGGCAUAGUUUUGCAUAAAUCAUGAAGGAAGACGAGAAGAUGAAACGAGAGGUUUAGGGCAUGCCAGGGAAAGUAAUAUGGACGAUAAUAAAUGCUAUAUACGAAUGGAUAUAUAUUAUGUAGAGACGCUCAAGUGAAACAAAAUAAAAAAUAUCAGAUAAGCAUGAAAGUAUAUAGUUGGACAGGCCAAGAAAGAACACACUUUUC